AUGCCAGGGGCACCACCAGCACCACCACCACCACCAAUGCCACCACCACUGCCACCACUACCAGACCCACCAGCACCAGCAAUGCCACCACCACCACCACCACCACCACCAGCACCAACAGCACCACCAAUGCCACCACCACCACAACCAAUGCCACCACCACCAGCCGCACCAUCAACACCACCAGUGCCACCAGCACCGCCAUUGCCACCAGAGCCGCCAAUGCCACCAUCCCCACCACCCCCACCAGCUCCACCAGCACCAGCAGCGCCACCAAUGCUGCCACCAGCACCACCAGCACCACCAGCACCACCAUCACCACCAAUGCCAGUGGCACCACCAACCCCAUCAGCACCACCAUCACCACCAGCCCCAGCAGAACCACCAAUGCCACCAGCCCCACCAGCACCAGUAGCGCCACCACCACCAAUGCCACCACCACUGCCACCACUACCACCAAUGCCACCACCACCAGCACCACCACCACCACCAGCACCACCAAUGCCGCCAGCACCAGCACCACCAAUGCCACCAGCACCACCAAUGCCAUCAACACCACCAAUGCCACCACUACCACCAAUGCCACUACCACCAGCCCCACCACCACCACCACCACCACCACCAGCCCCACCACCACCACCAGGGCCACCAGCACCACCAAUGCCACCACUACCACCAGCCCCACCACCACCACCACCACCACCAGGGCCACCACCACCACCAAUGCCACCACCACCACCAGCACCACCAAUGCCACCACCACCACCACCACCACCACCACCACCAAUGCCAUCAGCACCACCAGCCCCAUCAGCACCACCAAUGUCACCAAUGCCGCCACCACCACCAAUGCCAUCAUCACCAUCAAUGCCAUCACUACCACCAAUGCCAUUACCACCAGCCCCACCAUCACCACCACCAGCACCACCAGUGCCACCAGGGCCACCACCACCACCAAUGCCACCACCACCAACAGCACCACCAGCCCCACCAAUGCCACUAGCCCCACCACCACCACCAAUGCCACCAGCACCACAAUCACCACCAAUGUCAGUGGCACCACCAGCACGACCAGCCCAAACAGCACCACCAAUGCCACCACCAGCACCACCACCAAUGCCACCACUACCACAAAUGCCACCACCACCACCAGCACCACCAGCACCAGCAGCGCCACCAAUGCUGCCACCAGUACCACCACCAGCCCCACCACCACCACCACCACCAAUGCCACCACCACCACCACAACCACCACCACCAAUGCCACGAGCCCCACCACCACUACCAAUGCCGCCCGCUCCACAAGCACCACCAGCCCCACCAGCAUCACCAAUGCCACCAACACCACCAGUGCCACCAGCCCCACCAGCAACACCAGCCCCAACACCACCACCAGCACCACCAGCCCCACCAGCACCACCAAUGCCACCACCACCACCAGUACCAUCAAUGCCACCAGCCCCACCACCACCACCAAUGCCACCAGCUCCACCAGCACCAAUGCCACCAGCACCACCAGUACCACCACCACCACCGCUACCACCAGCACCAGCACCACCAAUGCCACCACCUCCACCAGCCCCACCAGCACCACCAAUGCCACCACCACCACCACCACCAAUGCCACCACCUCCAACAGCCCCACCAGCACCACCAGCACGACCGUAA